AUGGCCUUCUCCGACGAUGAUGACCUCAUUGCUCAGUGCUGGAAGGAAGAGGAAGAGAAAGAAGAAGAGGAAGAUGAGUCCAAUGAUCAUGAUGACCUCAUUACAGUUCUCAUACUUGCUGACAUGGACUAUGAGAGACACAAGAAGAAGUGUCGUGGUUCAGUUCCGGGACACGAGAGGUCACCACUAUUUCAGAGGCUAACUUCAGGAACAGCACCACCUAUGGAGUACAUGGUUAAUGAUCAUAAUUAUACUAUGGGAUACUAUCUUGCAGAUGGAAUCUAUCCUUGUUGGGAGAUUUUUGUGAAGAGUUAUAGUAAUCCACAAGGCAACAAGAAAGUUCAUUUCACUAAAGCUCAAGAAGCGGUGCGGAAGGAUGUAGAGAGAGCAUUUGGUGUUCUACAAGCUCGAUUUUCCAUGGUGAAGGGUCCUGCUAGAAUUUGGGACAAGGACACCCUAUGGUACACAAUGACAUCAGCUGUUAUCAUACACAACAUGAUCAUUGAGAAUGAACGAGAUGAAGAAGAGGAUUACGACUACGAUCAAGAUGGUGGCGAGGUGCUGAGGCUGGAGGAUUACGAACAGCGGGAUCCACUUGUACUUGAGGAGUUCCUCAAGAUACAUCAGAAGAUUGAGGAUAGACAAGUGCAUGAGGGACUUAUGGAGCAUUUGUGGGCGCUUCAUGGCUCUAGCUAG